UCGCGCUAGCGAUCUGGCCGCGAGCGGGGUGGGUAGGAUGCUGGGAGAAGGUGAGGCAGUGGAUUCCGCCUGAUCCAUAAAAGAAGACUUGUGGUCGGGAUCGACUUGCGGCUAUGCUCGCUCAUCUGUGACUAUGGAGAUCAGUGGGCUCCCUCUAGAACUCUGGCGCUUAAUACUAUCCUACCUGCGCCUUCCUGACCUUGGCCGCUGCAGCUUGGUGUGCAGAGCAUGGUAUGAGCUCAUCCUCAGCCUGGACAAUACCCGGUGGAGACAGCUAUGCCUUGGCUGCAUUGAAUGCCGGCAUCCAAACUGGCCUAACCAGCCUGGCGUGGAACCCUGGUCAUGGAGGGAAGCCCUGAAGCAGCAUUAUCUUGCUUCCAAAACCUGGACCAAAAACAGCCACGAUCUUGAGUCCUCCAACUGCUUCUACUUAUUCAGGAGGAAAAGGGACAGACGGGUUCUUUAUGUUGGGCCUGGCUGUGAGUUUGACAGUCUAAGGAGUGCCUUGCUCUCAGCAAGCAUGUAUGACAGGAUUGUGCUACUGCCAGGAAUGUACGAGGAGCAGAGUGAAAUCUUCCUCAAGGCCCCCGUGGAAAUCAUGGGAAAGGGCAAGCUCGGUGAUGUGGCCCUCCUAGUGAGCUUUGACCAGCACUGCCCAACAAUGAGGUUAUGCAAUUUGGUAUUUAUGCCAGCCUGGUUCACACCGGUAAUAUAUAAGACAACCUCAGGCCAUGUCCAGUUUGACAAUUGCAAUUUUGAAAAUAGUCAGCUGCAGAUUCAUGCUCCUGGGACCUGCCAGGUAAAAUUCUGCACCUUCAAUCAGUCCAGCAUCCAUUUCCAUAGUGUGGCCAUCUGUCUCCUGGAAAACUGUGAAUUUGUUGGCAGUGAAAAUGCUUCGGUGACAGUGGAAGGUAGCCCGUCUUUGGACAGGAACUGGGCCUGCAAGCACUUGACCUUGUUGGCAAAAUCUCGCUCAGUCUUGCUGCAGCCAGCCGAGCCUUCGCAUUGCAACGUAGCAAAGUUUGAGAGCCAAGGACCUCUGCCAAUGGCAGACGUGAGGACCUGUGACAUUGUGGUAGGCGAAGACCCAACUCGUGUAUUUCCUGUUUCACAGACUCAAGCGGUGUCAAGGAGAGGCUUGGAGAAGGAGAAGGAGAAGGAGCUAUCUGGGAACCUUAACACAGCACACAAAGAAGAGGCCAUGACUAUAGAUACAGAUUCUAGUGACAGUGAACUGAGCUUGAGCAGUGACAAUGAGGACGAGGAUGAGUCACUGUACAAACUGCCUUACCAGGCUCAUAGCUUGAGCCACAUGCUGGCCAAGGUUGUCCAUGGUAGGCCACCAGCCAACGAAUUACCAGCCCUCCAGAGUGACUAUGAGCUAAAACCUUUGGCUCAGGAGCUGCAGCAAGACAAGGAGGCUCAGUGUCUCGCCAACACCAUGCAAGGAUGCCUUGUCCGGAAAUGCCUUUUCCGAGAUGGAAAAGGCGGCAUCUUUCUUUGUUCCCAGGGGCAAGCCAGAGUGGAAGGAAGCAUCUUCAGGGACCUGACCUAUGCCGUGCGAUGCAUACAAAACAGUAAGAUCAUCAUGCUCAAGAAUGACAUUCACCACUGCAAGACCUCAGGGAUAUUUCUGCGCCUCGGUGCCAGUGGCUUGAUCGCCGACAAUAACAUCCAUUCCAAUUGUGAAGCAGGGGUGGACAUUCGGAAGGGAGCCAAUCCUUUAAUCCUGUGUAAUAGAAUCCACAGCGGCCUUCGCUCCGGCAUCGUUGCCCUUGGCAACGGAAAAGGCAUCAUCCGUAGCAAUCAAAUCUAUGGAAAUAAGGAGGCUGGCAUUUACAUUCUGUAUAAUGGCAAUCCUCUGGUAAGUGGAAACCAUAUAUUCCAGGGUCUUGCUGCUGGCAUAGCUGUGAAUGAAAAUGGAAGAGGCCAAAUCACAGAAAAUGUCAUCCGAGAAAACCAAUGGGGAGGUGCUGACAUCCGGCGUGGGGGUGAUCCUGUCCUCAGGAGUAACCUGAUCUGCUGUGGAUAUUCAGAUGGAGUGGUUGUCGGAGAACGGGGGAAAGGACUUGUAGAAGGAAACACCAUUUAUGGUAAUAAAGGCUGUGGUGUCUGGAUAAUGUCAUCCAGCCUUCCCCAUGUUACCAAUAACCAAAUUGGGCACAACAGCAUCUACGGAAUUGCGGUAUUUUGCCGCAAGGAUGAUGCUAAUGAUUAUCUUGUCAACCAAGGAGGCAAUGAGAACUUCAAUGAAGAGGGAGAAGCAGCCAACUGGGAGAAUGACCUGGAGAGUGAGGAUGAACGCUUGACUUCCCGGCGGCCCAUCAGUGUGGCCCUUGUGGAGUCAAACAACAUCAACCAUAAUGGAGCUGCUGGCUUGUAUGUCAAAAGCAGCGAAGCUCUGAAUAUCAUUGGAAAUGCCAUCCAUGCCAACAGGGACUGUGGGGUUGCUGUGUUUCAAAGCUCGCAACUCACCCGAAUAGCAAGCAACAGCAUUUCUUGCAAUAGCCUUGGGGGAGUCCUGGUGGAAGCCGAGUGCCGGGUUGAACUCCGUGGCAAUGGGAUCUAUGACAACAGCAGCCAUGGCGUUACCUCCAAGGGCGAUGGGGUCAUCACUGAGAAUGACAUUCUAGGAAAUCAGGGAUGUGGCCUCAGACUGUUGCAGGCAGCUGACAUGAAGGUAACCAAGAACAGAAUCCACUCCUUUCGAGGUUACGGGAUUGAGAUGCUUGAUCAAACCAAGGCUUUAGUACAAGAUAACUUGAUUUUUCAAGGCAAGAGCAAAAAGGCUAUUUUACAGCAAGUGUCCAGCACAGAAGGUUGUGUUAUUCAGAAUAAUAAGCUUCUUGCUUUCAGAAAAAAGUCUGAUGUUGCCUGGACCUUAGAGAACCCUCCAGCCAGGCCUCACAUAGAAGGCUCUUCUCGAGGGGUGUCAACAGCUGGAAGCAGCCAGAAAGGAUCAAAUGUGACAGCCAGGAUAGCUGCUAGAGUGGAGGGGGGUUGUCAUAACAAUGGUAGUAUCUUUUGCACUAUUCUGUGAUGGUUUGCACAUUUUUCUCCAUUUUUCUGAUUACGUUCACUGCAAAAUUGAACAAAUGUUUUUCCGUUGACUGGCUAGCAUUGGGAAUUAUGGGAAUGUGAAUGGACAUGGAACUGUCCAUUGUCCAGCUGGCUCUGCCCCACUGAGUGUCUUGGGAGCUUGCCCCUGCUUUCACAGCUGCGUCCUUGCACCAGGCCCAAGUGGUGUUUUUGUGGCAUCAAAAGGCCUCUUGCUCUUAUGCCUGUUUGUCCCUUUCCUUUGUUGAUUAUUUGGAAUUACUUCUGACUAAGGGAGGGGAUUGGCCCAAUAAUUGUGAUGUCACAAAGGCAUUUCACGGUCAUCUACCUGCACUUCCCCCUGCUACAGCUUUCGAAAGGGAGUAGUUGCAAAGGAGAGGGAGAGGGAGUCUCUCUUCUAUGCGAGAGAUUAAAUUCCCAGAUGAUUUGUUCCCUUCCCUUCCUCUCAGUUUCAGCUAAUGCCUUUCACGAAAGCCAAGUGGUUCAAAGUGGGGGUGGUGUGCAGAAGCAAGCAAUCUUAUCAGAAGAAAUUGCAUCCUUUCUGACAAAUACAUCACUUGUUAUUUAGGUAAUGUGUAGGUGAGGGGUGGGUGGAGAUUCACUUCAACUUACGCUCUUUUAGCAAUUUGCCAAAAAGCCACUUGGUUUAAUGUCACUGAAAUGCUGGAUGUCUAGACCUAUUAUUGGUCUGCUUGGCACCAGUGCCUUGACAUAGCUUGAAAUUAAUCUCCCUUUUAUUCCAGAAACAAGGGUUGCUUUCUUCUGUGCUGAAAAGAGCCCAGUUUUGGCUGUUGGGUAUGAUUGCUCUCUCCCAUCUGGUGCCCUCUAGAUGUGUUGAGCAUAUCAGUCCAAAGCAGGAUGUUUUUGCAAUGAUAGGAGUUGUCAUCCAAUACACAUGGAGGGCUCCUAUAUAAUUUAUCUAGGAGUAAGUCCCAUUGAGAAUAGCAGAGCUGACUUACAAGUAGACAGAUACAAGCAUUGUUUAAGGUUUUAGAGUAUUAGAUCAGGAGCACGACAAAAUAUAUGUAUGUAAAGUUACAUAAAGCACAGACAAGUUAGAGUUCUAUCAGAAUACAGUAGGGUGAUUUUUUGGAGAAGAAAAUAAGAUUCCUCAAAACUGUUUUAUUGAGUUUUCAGCAAAAUAGAGAACUUGUACAUUACAGAAGACCUUUCCAGAAAGAGCUGUAAUUACAUUAAUUCAUUAAUACCAAUGUUGCCAUAAUAUGGUGAUGUUGUCUUAAAAGACUGAGAAAAUGGACUUCUAGAAGCAGCUUCCAGUAACUUUAGUAGGGGUUGAACAUAGUUUUAUACAGGAGUAGCAAACUGAAAGUACACUGUGCCUUUGUAAGCACCUAAAUAUAUAUCAAUUUUCAAGAAAUUUUCCUGGGCAAAAUAUUUCUUGGAAUUCUCUGGUCUAGACUGUAAUUGCCUUUUUUCAGCCUAAUGUCUUAGGGGAAGUAAGAUAUGGUGAUUCAGCAAGUUGAUCUAUUUCUUGAGAGUUUUUAAUGAAAUUCCUGAGGAAUGGGUUAUGGAGGGUAUUUAAAAGUGACCAAAGUGGACUAGUGUUAUCAUUUUUUUUUUUACUUCAGAGUUUCUGUUAUGUUUAACAGUUAUGUGGCAAGAAAUGAUAUAGUAGGUAAAAAUCUCAGGACUUUGAAGAAGAAUCUGUUUGUGUCUGCCAUGCAACUAUAACUAAAACAACUGUGUUUGAGAUGAAAGGGAUGUGAUUGCUGCUCUGGUGAUGCUAUAGAGGUUAUAUGUAUUAUUGAGUGAACAUGUUAUAGUCACUUGCCGCAUCAGCUCUGGUUUGGGGAGAAAACAGGACAGAAAAUUAUAGGACAUAAACUGAAAAAAAACCCCACUAUUGACUGUAUGUCUUCAGUGAGGCUAACUCUGUGUCCAUCUGAGGCCUAGACAAGUCUAAUGUAGUGUGCCCUGCCACUAAGCUGCAUGGGUAGCAUGGAAAUAAACCUCAUUAGUCCUCAGCUGAUAAGCUCUAAUUGAUAUCUGGCAGAACCAUGGUCAGGAGGACUUGAUUAGGAGACAAUAGCAUUUUUGUACAUUCAGUUACAUCUUAUCAUCUGUUGACAGGACAUGGAACAGUGUUCUUGAGAUAACCAACAGGCCAUAAUUCACAUUUAUAAAUACCAGUUGAGUUUGAAUGGGGCAUAGGAUUUUGCCUUGUACCAAAUUACAUGAAACCUAGUCCUGUUCACUCCAGUCCUAGCAUCUUGUGCAGGAUCGUAGGCUACUUUAUUCCUUUUUAAAAUGAAGAUGCCAUAGGCUGAACCUGGAACAAAGGAGGUCUUGUACUACUAAGUUAGUUUCUCCUUCAUUAUGCGUGUUUACUAUUUUACACUUGCUCCUUGUUUCCUAGAAAAUGAGAAAGAGUAAAAUCAGGAUCCUUUAAAAAAGAAGCAAUUUUAAUAAAAAAGAGAAUGUUUUCUUCACAUGGGGUUGUUUCUCUUAUCCUCAUAUGUAUGGGUAAUUGUAAAAAAAAAUUUUUUAAGGGGUAAUGCACAAAACAGCAUGGUUUUGUAGAAAUUCUUUGCAGCUGGGGAUGAAAUCCUAUGCACCCUUAGGAAAGUCCCAUUGAAACUAUUCCAUUUUGGAGUAAAUAUGCAUUGGCUUAAGCUGCAAGUCAGCAAAAUAAGCAAGCCAAAAGUAUUUUUACAUGGCUGGAUCCAGUUUUUCAGGUGUAGAAAGCAUUUCCCUCAGUGGAAUGCACUCAAAAUAAUCCUGCUGGUGGACAGUGGGGAAAUCUGCCAACUGGGCCUUCCCUCUGCAGCUCCAUGCUUCCAGAUCUCCAAGCCUUCUCAAGCAAGAAGAGAGAAUCAACUAGCGUCUACCAUUGCCUUCUACCAGAGGUGCUGCAGGAUCAGAAACUUUCUACUUAAUAGAAGCAACUUUUCUAACCAGUAGGACAUUGCCAGUAGGACAUACUCCCUAAUAAACAAGUGUACAAUUGCAGACAAGUCAUUGACAGUUCUCAGUCCACUGUAAACAAUUAGUUGAAUGUCUUAUUAAACAAUUAGUUGUGACUAACUUAAUUGCCUUGGUUUUUUGACUUUUAACCUGCAAUUUUAUACCAUAUACCUGGUAGUAAACUCUGCUAUAAUCUCACUUCCAAAUAAACAUGAGAAUGCACUGUUAGCAACAAAUAAUUAUAAAUGCAUUUGAGCCACAGUUCACUUGUUGAAGCAUUUUAGUUGUAACUGAAUACACCACUAAUAUUUUAAGAAGUUUUUAAGGCUUAUAACUGGAGGAGGGUGGUAAUCUGUUCCAUGUAUCUUGUUAAAAGAAAUACAAAAUAGUCAAUGUAAAGUUUUAUAAAGGAAAAUCUGUGUACUACAAAAUAAAAAACUUUUAUUUUAAAUGCAGAGAUUUUGCUCACUGAUUUAUUUUUUCCAGCUACAUUAUGGAAGGUGACAAGAGGCAAAGAAUAAGAGUGUUCCUGUGUCUUCAAUAACUGCAUAAAAAGAGAAAUUCAGCAAGUGUUUUGUGAGUUGUUUGUGUGAGAGAAAAGUGGGAGUCAGAAAAGAGCUCAGACACUGCAUAUGCACCAAAAAUUCAGUUUAUAUGAACUUGCCUUUAUUAGUACUUUUUAUAACUCCACCCCACCGUAAGAAAGUUUUAGCCGCAGAAGGGUUAGUGAUAGACCAACUUUAGCCAGAUGUAAUGUGUUGCUGUGUAUGUGUUGCUUAUGUGUUUAUAAAACAUAUGGUUCACCUAGUAAGAAUUUGACAGCACUCUGGGGAAUUAGAUAGAAGGAAUGUAAGGCACAGUGUGGAAAGGACAGAAGAGACAGAUAGCUCUCCAGUGUCUAUGUCCAAGAAGAACCAAAUGGUCUUAAUAGAGAAGUCUGGAUUGCUCUACCAACAUUUAUUCAGUUGUGUUGGCUAGGAAUUAUGGCAGUUAAAGUCCAAUACAUUUAUAGGCAACCAGGCUGGAGAAGAGUGUUGUAUCAUUCUCUUCUUUAUGGCAAU